AUGGCUUCAGCCAUCUUCUUUCUCGACCUAAAGGGCAAAACCCUCCUCGCCCGAAACUAUCGUGGAGAUAUACCCAUGUCAGCCGUCGAAAAGUUCCCCAUCCUCCUCAGCGAAGCCGAAGAAGAGUCGUCGGCCGUCCCCCCUUGUUUCUCCCACGAGGGUAUCAACUACCUCUACAUCAGACACAAUAACCUCUAUCUACUCGCCCUGACGAAACGAAACACCAAUGCCGCCGAGAUUCUCCUUUUUCUCCACAAGAUUGUUGAGGUGUUUACCGAGUACUUCAAGGCGCUCGAGGAGGAGUCUAUUCGAGACAACUUUGUCAUUAUAUACGAGCUUCUCGACGAGAUGAUGGACUUUGGCUACCCCCAGACUACCGAGUCCAAGAUUCUGCAAGAGUACAUCACCCAGGAGUCGCACAAGCUCGAGAUUCAGGCUCGUCCGCCCAUUGCUGUCACCAACGCCGUGUCGUGGCGCUCCGAGGGUAUCCGCUACCGCAAAAACGAGGUGUUUCUGGAUGUUAUUGAAUCGCUCAACCUUCUCGUGUCAGCCAACGGCAAUGUGUUGCGAUCGGAAAUUCUGGGUGCCAUCAAGAUGAAGUGUUACUUGUCUGGCAUGCCCGAGCUGCGGCUGGGCCUCAACGACAAGGUCAUGUUCGAAAGCACGGGGCGGACGACGCGUGGCAAGGCCAUUGAGAUGGAGGAUGUCAAAUUCCACCAGUGUGUGCGUCUGUCGCGUUUCGAGAACGACCGAACCAUCAGCUUCAUCCCCCCUGACGGAGAAUUUGAGCUCAUGUCAUAUCGUCUCAACACCCAGGUCAAGCCGCUCAUCUGGGUCGAGUGUGUUGUCGAGUCGCACAGUGGAUCGCGAAUAGAAUACAUGCUCAAGGCCAGGGCGCAAUUCAAGCGCCGCAGUACGGCGAACAACGUCGAGAUUAUUGUUCCGGUGCCCGACGACGCCGAUACACCACGCUUCCGAACCAACGUCGGAUCGGUGCACUAUGCGCCAGAGCAGAGUGCCAUCGUUUGGAAGAUCAAGCAGUUUGGUGGCGGCAAGGAGUUUCUCAUGCGUGCCGAGCUCGGCUUACCCAGUGUGCGAGGUGACGACGAGCAUGGCGGUGGCAUGACGGGUGGCUUCGGGGGGAGCAUGGGUGGCGUGGGAGCUCCUGGCAAGGGUGCCAAGCGACCCAUUCAGGUCAAGUUCGAGAUUCCCUACUUCACCACCAGCGGCAUCCAAGUGCGCUACCUCAAGAUCACAGAGCCCAAGCUUCAAUACCCAUCACUCCCAUGGGUGCGUUACAUCACGCAAUCGGGAGAUAUUGCUGUCAGACUACCAGACGCCGUGUGA